UGUACCGCGGGGAGGGACUGGGGUCAACACACACACACACACACACACACACACAACCAGAGGCGCUGGGCCUGGCAACCUCAGCCCCAAACAUCUGGUUUGGAUCAGCUGCCUCUUGGCCGGGGUCCCAGCCCCUCCAGCCCUCCCGCCAGCUCCAGCGGCGCCGCCCGGGCAGGCGGAACCAGUGUGUCUGGGACGGGGGGGGAACGGAGCGGGCAUGGCCAUGGGGUGCAGGGUGCUGCUGCUGCUGGGGGCGCUGCUGGCGACCGGCCAGGGCCGGGAGCUCAGUUCGGAGGAGGAGAGACAGGCCCUGAUGCUGAAGCACCUGCAGGAAGUGCUGCAGCUGCCAGAGGAGGAGGGAGAGGGGCCCCCCGAGAUGACACUGACAGAGCUGGCCCCCGAGGGGGGCAAGGGAGAGGAGGAAGGGGAAGAGGGGGAGGGGGCAUCCAUUGAGGAGGACGUUCAGCCCACCCAGCCAGUCCCGACCACAGCGGCCCCUCGGCCCGAGGAGGAUGGAUUCACUUAUGUGUUCUCGCGGCUGGACAGCCUGGACGCAGCCGUGCACCGGCUGAACGUGCAGUUCUACACCAUGGACCUGCGCCUGGCCCAGGUCUCCCAGGGCCUGGCCGAGCUGCGGGGGCACCUGGCCGAGGCCCAGGAGGGGCUGAGCACCCUCCGCCAGACCAGCACCCGCAACCAGCAGGACAUCGGCAAGAUCGACGGCUGCCUGCGGGGCCGGAGAGUCCACGCCAAAUGCUUCCUGAUCGUGAAGCAGUUCGAGGGCUAUGACGGGGCGCAGGAGCUGUGCCGGCUGCGGGGAGGGAACCUGGCCAUGCCGGCCGACGCCACCGAGCUGGCCGCCCUGCGCCGCUACCUGCACGAGGCCUUCCAGCCCUUCAACUGGCCGGCCUGGGUGGGCAUCCACGACCGGCGGGCCGAGGGCCUGUGGCUGUACGAGAGCGGCCAGCGCGUCUCGUUCUUCGACUGGUACCGGGACCACCUGGUGAGCCAGCCCAACGGGGGCGCCCGGGAGAACUGCGUCUCCCUCUCCUCCGACGACGGCAAAUGGUGGGACAACGACUGCGCCCGGCGCAUGUACUACGUCUGCGAGUACCGGCUCUAGGGGGGAUUGGCUCCCGCCCCCGGGACCCUGCGCCAGAGACCCAGCGUCCCCCGGCCCGCAGACCCUGCGCCCAGAGACCCAGCACCUGCCCCCUAGGGACCCUGCACCCAGAGACCCAGCAUCCCCCAGGCAGAAGACCCAGCACCUGCCCCCUAGCAGCCCACCACCCACCCUCUCCAGAAACCCUACACACCCCAACUCAGAGACCCACCACCUGCCCCCCACCAGGGACCCUGCAACUUCCCCCCUCCCCGCCCGCGACCCUGCACCAUCCAGCCUGGAGACCCAGCACUCACCCCCACCCCAGAGACCCUGCACCCCCCAGCCCAGAAACCCAGCACCUGUCCCCCGCCACGGACCCUCUAUCCCCCAGCCCGGAGACCCAGCACCUGUCCCUCCCAGGGACCCUACACCCCCCAGCCCAGAGACCCAGUACCCACCUCCCCCCAGAGAUCCUGCACCCCAGAGAAUCAGUUCCUGAACCCCUAUCAGCCACCCAUCUACUCCUGACAGGACGAUUGCACCUAUCCGUGAGUACUGACUCUGGGGGACCAUGCCCCCCCCCAUUCCAGAGACCCAAAUGCCAACACCUGACAAUGUAUCAUCACAUGUAUUUGCUCAAGGGGAAACUACUCCCCUGCCAAGAACCACCUCUGGGGAGCCCCCCAUAACCAGCUUUCAUGGAAGAGGCAGCUGGCUGGCUGUCUGCUGCAGCAAGGAAAGGCUUAAUCCCUCUCUCCCAUUGCCCCCCACCCAAGUCACAGGCUGCCAGACUCAUACC